AUUGUGGUCCGUUCGUCCGUCUGUCCGAAGGAGGGAAGGAAAGGAAGCAAGCUGUGCGCCUGCCUGCCGGAAUCUGAAGAAUUUGAGGUGUCCGCCAAGCCAAACUCUGAUUAUUUUGCCCGCCGUCGUCGUUUUGUGCUCAUCUUUGUUUCCAACUCAUCGCAUCGCAUCGCAUCGGCUUUUCCUUCCUUAAGGUGCGUCAUGUCUCACGGUGACAAAAUGAAGCAGGGUCAGUUCACCAACCCCGAGACGCCGGGCUACGUGGGAUUCGCCAACCUCCCCAAUCAGGUUCAUCGCAAGUCUGUUAAAAAAGGCUUCGAGUUCACCCUGAUGGUCGUCGGUGAAUCCGGACUGGGAAAAUCCACCCUGAUCAAUAGCCUGUUCCUAACUGACCUUUACCCGGAGAGAAUCAUCCCAGGAGCGGCAGAGAAGAUCGAAAGGACUGUUCAGAUCGAGGCGUCCACCGUGGAAAUCGAGGAGCGGGGCGUCAAGCUGCGUCUCACCGUGGUCGACACGCCUGGAUACGGCGACGCCAUCAACAGCCAGGACUGUUUCAGCACCAUCAUCAGCUACAUCGACGACCAGUUCGAGCGCUACCUCCACGACGAGAGCGGUCUGAACCGCCGGCACAUCGUGGACAACAGAGUUCACUGCUGUUUCUAUUUCAUCUCGCCGCUCGGUCACGGCUUGAAACCGUUGGACGUCCAGUUCAUGAAGGCCAUCCACAAUAAGGUCAACGUGGUCCCCGUCAUCGCCAAGGCGGACACGCUGACGCUCCGAGAGAGAGAGCGGCUAAAGCGCAGGAUCCUGGACGAAAUCGACGAGCACGGCAUCAAGAUUUACCACCUGCCGGACGCCGAGUCCGACGAGGACGAAGACUUCAAGGAGCAGACCAGGAUCCUCAAGGCCAGCAUCCCUUUUGCGGUGGUGGGCUCCAACCAGCAGAUCGAAGCCAAGGGGAAGAAGGUGCGGGGCCGCCUGUACCCUUGGGGGGUGGUGGAGGUGGAGAACCCCGAGCACAACGACUUCCUCAAGCUGCGCACCAUGCUCAUAACGCACAUGCAGGAUCUCCAGGAGGUGACCCAGGACCUCCACUACGAGAACUUCCGCUCGGAUCGCCUGAAACGCAGCGGCAGGUUGUCCUCCCGCGGUUACGUUCUGCCUCUCUCCCCUGCAAAAGGACCGGAACCAGAAGAAAUGGACAAGGACAUGAUUCUACAGGAGAAGGAGGCCGAGUUGAGGCGAAUGCAGGAGAUGAUUGCCAAAAUGCAAGCCCAGAUGCAGAAGCAGGGCGACGGAGAAGGAGACGUCUGAAAAGACUGCGACGGAACCGGCUCGGACGGCGCUCGCCUCCGACGCCACUUUUGUCUCGACCGAGGCAGGCGGCCGGCCGGCGACGCUCGGACGGCGCGGGGAUUGCCGCCGUAUAUCCAGAAGUAUAUUCAAACAGUGUUAUGAAGAAGUAUAUAUAUAUCCUCACUUUUAUUUCUUCCACAUGAUGACCAAAUCAUCUUAGCCUUGGCUUCUUUUUGGCAAAAUGCUAGUUGCAAUGAAUUCAUUCUUCCGGUGCCAAGUGGAAGAUCCUGACAUUCCUCUUAGAGCUGUUGUUUUUAAAUCCAAUAUUAAAGCACCAAAUGUUGUCA